GUAUAAAAAACAGUAACCAAUUUAUGAAAACGAGCUGUUAUUGUUAUUUAAAAAAAAAAAGAAAUGUGAAAUUGUACAUGUAGCCCAAAUAUUGCUUUACUUCAGUCAUUGUUGACGUAAAAUCGAAUUACGCUUAUUUUGUAGCCCAUCCGCAGCAACAGGUUUCACUACAUCAAGCGUCAACAUCCUGUGUUCAAAACUUACCUUUGUUCCUAAACAAUGCGUUUUUGAGUAAAAAUUGUGACUGAACGCGGAACCGUGUUUCGGUGUUUUGUUGUGGGUGGGUACGGCAGACCAUAAUCCACCGGAGAAUAUUUACAUUCUCCCGUGUGCAGCCGUUCGUGGGCGAGACGGAGAGAAGAGAGGCUUAUGGGUAAAGAGUGCUGCUGUCGUCGUGUUGAUGUCAGAGCAACGAGCUCGAGCUGCCUGCUGGAAUACCGAAGAACAGACCCGCUGUAAACUACUGGCGGACAAAUCUACCGAUCGAGUCCACUGGCGAGAUGAGGACACACAUACUUCGGCAGGAGUCUGCGAAGAAUUUAAAAUAACGAAAAUCCGAUUAGAGAUCGAAUAAAAGCCGCCGGUUUCGUUUCAAGUCGCAGCUCGCGUGUUGCAGGAAUGCGUUUGGAGUUUGUGAUCCGGUCGACUCAACAGAUGUUCGCUUUUGAAAAUCUGCGGGGUUGUUUGUGAACUGGUUGGAGUUGAAGUCAGGAUCAGACAGUCAGGAGAGGGGGAGAGAAGGAUAGGGGAGACAGGAGGGGAGGAGAGAGGGGUGAGAGGCGGGGAGGAGAGGGGCGCCCAGAAAACGCCCUGUUGCUGUUGAAGCCUCUAAAAAUUAAAACUUUAACGCGCCAUUUACGGUACUGUACAACGUUGUUAAGAUGGACUGGGAAGUUUGAUCGCGCUUAGUUACUUUAUCUACCACUUCAUAGGUUGUUUAAGGGAGGUUUGGAAAACCCUCCGCUGCUCCCAUUGGAUUAUUUUUCUCCGCUUUAUUCUGGACGAGUCCUGGGUUAUUUUUUGGAGGGCGGCGAGUCGGAGGCUGUCUAGGCCCACGGCCACCGCUCGACAACUUGAACGAAGAUCUUGGAGCUUUGAUGUGAACCAGAAAAGUUGGGCAGAUCGCUCUUCGUUGCUCAGUCUGGCGCCAGGAGAAGGCAAAAAUGUCGCUGGGUGCGGAGAGAAGGAUGGAAAACCGGCUGAGAAAGCUGGAAGCCAUGAUCAAAGACCCGCGGUCUGCGAUCAACUUGGAAAGUUUGCUGGAUUCCAUGAAUGCUCUGGUCUUGGACCUGGACUUUCCGGCCUUGCGUAAAAAUAAGAACAUUGAGACCUUCUUAAACAGAUAUGAAUCCGUCAUGCGUCGUAUUCGGGAGUUCCAGAUGAAGCCGGAGGACUUUGACAGAGUGAAGGUGAUUGGUAGAGGAGCGUUUGGAGAAGUUCAGCUGGUCAGGCAUAAGGCCUCUCAGAAGGUGUAUGCGAUGAAGGUGCUCAGUAAGUUCGAAAUGAUCAAGCGCUCAGACUCCGCCUUCUUCUGGGAGGAGCGUGACAUCAUGGCAUUUGCAGACAGCCCAUGGGUCGUACAGCUGUGCUGUGCGUUCCAGGAUGACCGCUCUCUCUAUAUGGUUAUGGAAUACAUGCCGGGAGGUGACCUUGUCAAUCUCACCAGCACGUACGACGUUCCGGAAAAAUGGGCAAAGUUCUACACGGCCGAGGUUGUGUUGGCUCUGGACGCCAUUCACUCCAUGGGCUUCAUUCACAGAGACGUCAAACCAGACAACAUGCUGCUGGACCGUCACGGGCAUCUCAAACUCGCAGACUUUGGGACAUGUAUGAAGAUGGACGAGACAGGGAUGGUUCACUGUGAUACUGCGGUCGGAACCCCUGACUACAUCUCACCGGAGGUUCUUAAGUCUCAAGGAGGAGAUGGUUACUAUGGACGCGAGUGUGACUGGUGGUCUGUUGGAGUAUUUAUCUACGAGAUGCUGGUCGGUGAUACGCCGUUUUAUGCCGAUUCAUUGGUGGGGACUUACAGUAAGAUUAUGGAUCAUAAGAACUCUCUUAACUUCCCUGAUGAUGUUGAAAUCUCGCAAGAAGCCAAAAACAUCAUCUGCGCCUUCCUAAUAGACAGGGAAGUUCGCUUGGGUCAUGGCGUGGAGGAAAUUAAAAGACAUCCUUUCUUCAAAAAUGACCAGUGGACCUUUACCACCUUAAGAACGACUGCAGCACCUGUGGUUCCAGAACUGAGCAGUGACAUAGACACUAGUAAUUUUGAUGAGAUAGAAGAGGAUAAAGGAGAAGUGGAGACCUUUCCUACCCCCAAAGCUUUCGUUGGCAAUCAGCUGCCCUUCGUGGGCUUCACCUAUUUUAAAGAAAACCAGUUGUUGAACGAUGUCAACAGUUCAGCAAUGAAAAACGACCACCCCACAUCCAGCAAUAGAGAGGACAAUUUAGCUCUUCAGAAGAAACUUCACUGUCUGGAGGAGCAGCUCAAUAAUGAGAUGCAGGCUAAAGAUGAACUGGAGCAAAAAUACAGGAACAACUUCAGCCGCCUGGAGAAGAUCACGAAAGAGCUCGAUGAAGAGAUAAAUGGCAGGAAAGUAUUGGAGACAUCUCUGAGGCAGCUGGAGAGAGAGAACGCUCUGCUGCAACACAAGAGCGUUGAGAGUCACCGCAGAGCCGAGAGCGAAGCCGAACGCAAACGCUGCCUGGAUAGUGAGGUGAAUGGUCUCAGGGAUCAGCUUGAUGAGAUGAAGAAGAAGAACCAGAACUCGCACAUCUCCAAUGAGAAGAACAUUCACCUGCAGAAACAGCUGGAUGAGGCUAACUCAUUGCUGAGAGCAGAGUCCGACGCAGCUGCGAGGCUGCGUAAAACUCAAACGGAGAGCUCUAAACAGCUACAGCAGAUGGAGGCUCAUGUGAGAGAACUGCAGGAUAAAUACUGCAUGCUGGAGAACAACAAGCUCACGCUGGAGAGAGAGAACAUCACCCUUCAGGCGGCGCUGGACGCAGAGAAACGAGAGCAGAGCCAGGGCUCUGAGACCAUCUUUGAUCUGCAGGCACGAAUCUCUGGUUUGGAGGAUGAGGUGAAAAAGGCGAGACAGGCCCUGUCUAAAGCGGAGUCAGAAAAGAGACAACUUCAGGAGAAACUAACAGAUCUGGAAAAGGAGAAGAGCAAUCAAGAGAUUGACAUGACCUAUAAGCUGAAGGUCUUACAACAAGGUUUGGAGCAGGAGGAGGGGGCACACAAGGCUACAAAAGCUCGACUCGCAGACAAGAACAAGAUCAGCGAGUCCAUCGAAGGAGCCAAAUCUGAGGCUGUGAAGGAGCUGGAGCAGAAGAUACAGGAAGAGCGUUCCUCCAAGCAGCGUGUGGAGAACCGACUGCUAGAGCUGGAGAAGAAGAACUCCAUGCUCGACUGCGACUACAAACAGUCACUUCAGAAACUCGAGGAACUGAGAAGAAACAAGGAUAGACUAACAGAAGAGGUAAAGAAUCUGACUCUGAGGAUCGAGCAGGAAGUUCAGAAGCGCAGUUUGACUCAGAAUGACCUGAAGGUUCAGAACCAGCAGCUCAUCACCGUGCGUACGUCAGAGAAGCAACUCAAGCAGGAGAUCAACCACCUUCUGGACAUCAAACGCAGCCUGGAAAAGCAAAACAUGGAACUGCGCAAGGAGCGUCAGGAUUCUGAUGGGCAGAUGAAGGAGCUUCAGGAUCAGUUGGAGGCAGAACAGUAUUUCUCUACGCUGUAUAAGACACAGGUGCGAGAGCUGAAGGAAGAGUGUGAAGAAAAAAAUAAACUCUAUAAAGACAUGCAGCAGGGUCUACCGGAACUGCAGGAGGAAAGGGAUUCUCUUGCUGCUCAGUUGGAGAUCACACUCACCAAAGCCGACUCCGAGCAGUUGGCACGUUCCAUUGCGGAGGAGCAGUAUUCCGACCUGGAAAAGGAGAAGAUCAUGAAGGAGCUUGAGAUCAAAGAAAUGAUGGCCAGACACCGACAGGAGCUCUCGGAGAAGGACACCACCAUCACCUCGUUAGAAGAAGCUAAUCGCACUUUGACCAGCGAUGUGGCAAACCUGGCCAAUGAGAAGGAGGAACUCAACAACAAGCUAAAGGAGGCGCAAGACAACCUGCAAAAUAUCGUCAACGAAAUGCAGACUGUCGCGCUUGUGAAACUUACCCUCGAGAAACAGUUGCAGUCAGAGAAAACUCUGAAAACACAGGCGGUUAACAAACUGGCAGAGAUUAUGAACAGGAAGGAGGUCAGAGGUGGAGGCAGUCGCCGUGGAAAUGAUACGGAUGUCAGAAGGAAGGAGAAGGAGAACAGGAAGUUGCAGCUGGAACUUCGUUCAGAGAGGGAGAAACUCAACAGCACCAUCAUCAAAUAUCAGAGAGAAAUCAACGACAUGCAAGCACAACUGGCGGAUGAGUCGCAGGUGCGCAUUGAGCUCCAGAUGGCUCUGGACAGUAAAGACAGCGAUAUUGAGCAACUACGCAGCCUGCUGACCUCUCUCAACAUCCAUUCGCUUGACUCAGCCAGUAUGAGCAGUGGCCCAGAAAUGGACACAGAUGAUUCACUCGCAGAGACAAGGCUGGAGGGUUGGUUGUCUUUACCUGUGAGGAACAACACCAAACGGUUCGGGUGGGAAAGAAAGUAUGUUGUUGUGAGCAGCAAGAAGAUUCUGUUCUACAACAGUGAACAGGACAAAGAGCAUUCCAAUCCUUACAUGGUGUUAGACAUAGAUAAACUUUUCCAUGUGCGUUCUGUAACCCCAUCAGACGUUUAUCGUGCUGACGCCAAAGAGAUCCCCAGGAUAUUCCAGAUCUUGUAUGCUAAUGAGGGCGAGAGCAAGAAGGAGCAAGAACUGGAGGCUCUUCCUGGAGACAAGUCUAGCUACAUUUGCCAUAAGGGUCAUGAGUUCAUCCCCACCCUCUACCACUUCCCAACUAACUGUGAAGCCUGUACCAAACCCCUGUGGAACAUGUUCAAACCACCUCCAGCUCUGGAGUGCAGGAGAUGCCACAUCAAGUGCCACAAAGACCACAUGGACAAGAAGGAAGAGAUUGUCGCUCCAUGCAAAGUGAACUAUGACGUGUCCACGGCAAAAAAUCUGCUGCUGUUAGCCAUAUCUCAAGAGGAGCAGCAGAAGUGGGUUAGUCGACUGAUGAAGAAAAUCCCUAAAAAACCUCCAGCGCAAGAUGCCCCUCACCGCUCCUCUCCCAGGGUUCCCGUUAAAGUGCAAACUAGUCAAUCCAUGAGAAGACCCAGCCGACAAAUACCACCCAGCAAACCCAGCUAACCUUAUUUUGGGCAUCUGGUGCUGCUACAUACAUCUGGUGAUUUGGGGUUCUUCCUGUCGCACCAACAAAAGUCCUUUGUCGUAACUUUCCGGCACGUUUUGGCAUAUCCAAAAAAAGUGAAAGAUGCACAAAUGUUAAUGAAGGUUUACUGUCGUGAUAUGGCUUUUGUUUUCUGGGCAUGUGGUUGCUUUUACUUCAAGAGCACGACAUAUCUACACAGAACAGAGGUCAGCACCACACCAAACAUCUUAUUGAAGGCCAGCGUUGACUUGAAUCGGCUGGACAGAACCCCACUGGACCGUUUUAGGGACCCGUAAGAGAAUGUGGAUGACGGCCCGAUCCAAUCAGGCUGUAGCUUUUUUCCAGUUGACUUUAAAGGCUGAAUGUAGACCGUAGUACAAGACACACGUGGCUAGCAAACACCACUAUACUGUAUGAAACGUUUUUACCUUCAUUAAUGCAAUGAAACUGUUAUUGUUCUACAAUGUUUUUAUUUGACGUUUUAGUUGUCAUCAAAUCACUAUUCAUCUUUUUUCAGUCCCUACUUCAUGGUUAUUCAUCUUCGAGGGCCUGGAGGGCCACUAUCCCAGUUUAGCUUUAUCUCGGCAAGUAAUACUGAAGACCUUGAUUUGAGUAGUUGUUGAAACUAAACUCUUUAGGACAGUGGCCCUCCAGAAGGAGAGUUGUGUAGCCCUGUUGAAUGUAAUGAGUUUGAAUGUAAUCUGAGCAAGAAACUGUUUGAGAAGAGCAUGAUUGUAUAAUUAACAGGCAUCAAGAUUGAGAUCUUGAGUUUCUGAAAAUCAUCUGUUUUUGGCCAGUCAUAUCUUAUGAAUUUGAUUAUUUGGCCAGAGGCUGAAACCAGAUCGAAAAUUUUAACCAACCACCACUGAACUCCAGUUUAAUUUUUUCCUGUAGUUAAACAUGCAUCUCUUGAGCUUUUCAAAGGUGAAAUAGAGUCUCACCGUAACAUAAGAACUGUGGCCAAAAACUGAUUAACCUUUAAGUAUUUGACUGAAAUAUUCGUGAAACGAAGGAAUGACUGCAAACCACAUGCUUACGUUCACUAAAGAAUGUUUUGUGAUUGGAAGUGGUCAGUUUUUUGUGUGCGUGUGAAUUUUCACUCUAGCAAACGUUGUGUAUCUCUGGGUGUGCUGUGGAUGCAAAUCCUUGUGUUCUUUUACACACAUAUAUAUAUAUAUAUAUAUAUAUAUAUAUAUGAAUAUACAGCGUAUAUUUGACCUGUCAUCAUACCAGUGGUUUUGCUAUUUAUACAGGUCUACAGGUCUGGGCACUUUUUAAUGGGCUGCCUCCAGAUUUGCAUGUUUUAUAUUGAUGUACUGUGUGACCAUAAAAUGAAAAGCAUAUGUAGCCGUGUUGUUUGGAGACCCUGUAUAACAUUUGCUUAUUUUUGUACACAAAAGUAGUCAAAGAAGUAUAUAGCUGUGAAUGUAGUAAAGGAAGUAAAGUUUUAAUAUAAA